UUUCCAGAUACAUGGUUGUCAUGAAGCGGCCUUCAUUCAGUGACUUUCAGUGGAAGACAUACAUCCAAGAAUUCCAUGGACAUGUGUGGUUACUGCUGCUGUUAUCAAUCGUGGCCAUGAUUCUGGUGUUCUAUGUUAUCACGGCACUCCUACCCAUAGAAGAGAAUAUUUCGCUAUCAGAGUCCUUUACUCUUGUUAGUGGAUGUAUUGUAGGUCAAGGCAGCUGGCUGAACUUCCGUACGGUGGGAGCGCGGAUCGCUUUCCUGACGGCAAUGAUCUCGGGCGUCCUCCUCAUGGCCCACUAUACCAGUUACCUCGUCUCUGCACUAGCGGCGGGACCCUCCCUGCCACACUACAUUACACUGAAUAAGGUUUACCAGUUGGGGAUUCCUACGGGUUGGACCGACGGAACGGCGAUGUCUGAGUAUAUAAGACUAUCCAGCGACGACACCCAUCGUAAGCUGUGGAAAUCUAUCGAACAAAACAAAAGAAGGUCGCUAGUAAAGGAUCCAACAGAAGGCUUGCGUCGGGUUCUCCAAGAAACAUAUUUGUUUAUAGAAACGGAAUCCGUUCUCCUUCGGUAUAAGCAUGACUGUCAGUAUCAUUCCAUUCCUCUCUUGGGAUUUAACCAACUUUCGUCAUUCACCGUCCGGAAAGAUUCACCUCUGGUUCCUAUCUUCAAUAAGAUAAUCGUCGACAUACAGGCAAGUGGUUUGCUUAGUCGUUGGUGGAAAGAUUUAAUGACAAAGACAACACCUGCUUGCCAGUCACUUGAAGGAUCCAGCAUAGGCUUACCGACGGUGUUCAGUAUCUUUGCAGUAAUGUGUAUAGGCCUAGUUUUGUCCUUUCUCAUCAUGCUUGUGGAACGUUUUAACAACAGAAAAAACAACGUAACCGAAACCACUAAAAUAGCAUUCUCUUAGAGAUGAAACGAGUAUAAAUAUGUAUUGGUGUUUCAGAAUACUGAGUUUCAUGCCUGGACAGAAUAACACGUACUUUAUAAUAAAUGCUAUCUAGUCUCA